AUGGUGUAUGUAUUUAGAAUAUUAGAACUCAUCUCAUUUUUAAUCCCGAUUCUUUUAUCUGUAGCUUUUCUCACACUAGUAGAGCGAAAGGUGCUGGGCUAUAUGCAAUUUCGAAAAGGUCCGAAUGUAGUAGGGCCUUUUGGGCUUUUACAACCCUUUGCAGAUGGAAUGAAGGUCUUUAUAAAGGAAGAGUUGAAGCCAGUGAACAGUUCCCCUUAUUUGUUCUUUUUCUCCCCUCUACUAUUCUUAGCUUUGGCUUUACUUCUAUGGAAAUUUAUGCCCGUGCACACCCCUACCUUGGACCUACAACUCUCCCUACUUUUAGUACUGGGCCUAUCUAGGCUUUCUGUUUAUGCUAUCCUAGGUUCUGGUUGAGCCUCAAAAUCUAAGUACUCUCUCCUCGGAGCUAUACGAGCAGUAGCCCAGACGAUUUCAUAUGAGAUUAGCCUGGCACUAAUUUUGUUAUCCCUUAUAAUUUUUUCUAGAAGAUUUAACCUCACAUAUAUAAUGAACACCCAAGAGUUUUCCUGAUUUUCUCUCUCUUGCUUGCCCCUAUUUUACAUUUGAUUCGUUUCCACUCUUGCAGAGACAAACCGAGCACCAUUUGACCUAACAGAAGGAGAAUCUGAAAUAGUUUCGGGCUAUAACGUGGAGUACGCUGGAGGACCCUUCGUUCUAUUUUUUAUCGCCGAAUACGCAAAAAUUAUACUAAUGAAUUAUUUUUCAGUGGUACUAUUUCUAGGCGGCCCCUCCCCGCUAAAAAAAUUGUUUCCAAUCAGAAUCAUAAUAGUUGGUAUUAAGACCACUUUUCUGUUUUCUGUUUUGUGAGUUCGAGCUGCCUACCCACGAUUCCGGUAUGAUCAGUUAAUGUUCUUAACAUGAAAGAGGUACCUCCCCCUUUCAAUAGGGGCUUUGUGUGCGAUUUUGGCUUUAGUGGCCUUACUGGGAAUAUCCCUCCCACUAUUUUAA